GGUAAUUGCUAGUGUAUCACGAAACUCUUCCCUGUUGGAUAUAGUCUUAUUGCAAGAGUUGUUCUAAAUCUGCACACGGGACGACCUACCCGCGGAGACUAAACUGAAAUUGGCGAACUCUUAAGGGAACACGUAUUUGUUUUACCGUUAUGGGAUACGUAUCUACAGCAGUGUUGUUCCUGGUUGCUUUUACGCAUACCCUGACGUAUUCAGCGAGUCAAGCACCAUGGCCAAUGCCACCAAACCGGGACAUCUGUGGGGACACAGAUACAUUUACGGCAACCAUCAGAAAGCAGACAAUGAAGUCAUUGUCCAGUUUAAUAGACCCUUCAGAACAAUUUUCCUGUCAAUGGGUCUUCAAAGCCACCAACCCUCGACUCCCGAUUCACCUGGAAAUUCGCCCAGCCUUCAUUCCAUACAGAUCGUAUAACUGUAGUUUGAUGACAUCCGUUAAAGACGGUAAGAACACAAUUAAUGAAGUAGAGGCACUCAGAAAACAAUUUACUUAAUGUACUUGGAAUUCUUUUUUUGCGUGUGUAUAUGCGUGCGUGCGCAUGUAUGUAUGUACGCAGGAGAUAUCGCUUCUUAAAAUCUUGAUUGGUCAAAUUUUAAUCACAAGACAAUAUUUUGUUACGUCACUGUGUUUGUUUCGGCGCUGAACCUAUCAUUACUGACGUCACGCCACUACCGUUCUGCUAGUUAACGAGUCUACCGCUGCCAAAUACAAUGACAUUCAACCCACAUUACUGACAUUGUUUACAACUAUCGCAAAUGAAAAGAAUUAUAAUGGAUGAUAAGAUAAUACUCCCCACGUGUCUUGUGAUAUAAGCCUAGGAUUUCAUGCUAUUAUAAACUCGUGCUGAUUCACUGAUAAAUUAUGAUAUCACAAGACACUCGGGGAGUAUCCUCUAUAAUAAUAAUAAAUUAAAAAAAAAAAAUAAUAAUAAAAAAAAA